AUGGAAAUGUGGAACAAACGUCCAAUGAUACCUAACUCGUUGGAACGCUCAGAGCAAGAGAAAGAGGCAAAGAAAGAUGUCAACGAGUUUUUCCACAAGGUAAAUGGCACCAGCGAGCCCGAGGAUGCCGUUUUGGAUUGGCGAACUCGUGUCAAUGAUCCUGUAAAUACAGUUCUGAUGCUCAGUAAUCGUGCUCCUAAACGUAUAACAGUGGCAACCUCGCUUCCGGCCGAUAACUUUGCGUCGUUAUUGGUGGCCAAAUUCACAAAACGUAUCUCACUACCGAUCUCUGCCUGUAUGGAACUUCUGUCAGGCAAUUUGUUCCUCAAAAGAUUCAUGUUCUGCACAUUUUGUAACACCAUUGUGACGACACCGUUAGUUACUUCUCUCCGUUUCUGCGAACAACAUAUUCAGUUUCAUGUUUUAGAUGCAAGUCUACAAGAACUGGCGUCUCGUUACCCAGACACCAGGUCGGCGGUAGCUCGUGAGACUGAUAGCGCCCUUUGGCUACGUUUUGGACUGUUGCAACCGAAGACGCAAUUCGACAUGCAGCUCAAAUUGGCCAUGAAGGGAAUCAGGGUAUCAGGUGCAGAUCGAAAAGAUGGUCAGGCUAGCGGUGGUAGUACUCAAAGCACUCCCCGAAACAUACAGCGCGAUUCCAUACAAGUUCGGCGCACUAAUUUCCCGGCAUUGAGUAGUAUUAUUCAAAAGCCGGCACAAGAACCCAAAGAAGAUCAGCGAUCAUCAUCACAACCACAGACACCGACCAGCAAUCAAAACCUUACUCAGCACUAUAUCAAGCCAUUUGUGCUGGUCAAUAACAUGCUCCGAUGCAAGUUCUGUGCCCACCAAACAAGUACACCUCAAGCGAUGAGGGAUCAUUUACAGUCCAAUCACGUUCUUGUGUGCCGUGCUUGUGGAAAUGGGUUUGCUCACCGCGAAGCGUUGACACGGCACGGAAAAAUGGGACGUUGUUCGAUGUUCUUCAAAGAUGCGUCAGUAAAGCACAUCUCGGCUGAUUGUGGUGUGUGCAAGAAGCGGAUGUCAUUGGCAAACGCAUACCUUCAUCUGUUCCGUGAACAUCUCAGUUCUGUGGUCUACGGCACAGUUUCUGGACAGGUCUAUCCAGAACAUCAAAAUCUGCAUAUCGAUGCAAGUCUUGGUGAAGCGACAAAUGUUGUAAAAGAUUCCGUCAUCUACUCACCGUCAAUCGAUCAACAGCAUUCGAAAGAGCGAAGUAGCCGUGAUGUGGUUGUGUAUAAGAGACCAACUCACUGUGGAAGAGAGCCCUCGACAACAAGAUCCCUCUCCCCAGUACAGUCCUUUAAGUGGGCGGUCCUCGAUCGUGACCAGAUCGAGAACCAUUACGUACCCAUUCCAAGUCAUGAAGUAAUGAAGGCUCAUUUGAUGGAAAGACACAUGCAAAAGAGGGAUGGUUCAUGGACAUGUCGAUAUUGUCAACGAAUGCUGGUACGUGGCAGUUAUGCGCAUCUGUUGUACAUGUGCACCCAAACGCGGAAAUGUGCCCUAUGUCGUGGAGAGCAGAGCGUGAAGAACGCUGCUGAAAUGACUGUUCAUUGGACGAAUAGGCACUUGGAUAUUUUGCGAAGAUUCCAAUGUUCCGAUUGUGGCAUGACAUUCUGUCAUGUGGAGGAUUUCUGGGCGCAUCAGUGUCGUUCAUACUUUAUGCAGCAGAAAUGCAGUUGUGGCUUUGAUACGGCAGGUAAUACGGAGAGCUGGGAUGAUCUUUUUUUUCAGAAUCAUCGGCUUUCCCAUGCGAUAUUGAUUAAUAGUUCCAAUGGCCGUCAGCUAGUUAUACUGGAUACAAAACUGGUGGUGCCGGAGCACCUUGAUGACAAGCGGCUUCCGUUGAACGUCUUGUCAAGGAGGUCGAGCCAUUGUCUGAAGAGAAAACGAUGUAGAGUGUUUUGUUUAGUUAAUAUGGACAUUGCGAUGACUAUGCGACAUUUGGUUCGUAGCGUUUGUGAGCAACUCGGCGAAUCAUACGAUACUGCAAAAGAAUCUUCGCCACAAUUGGAUGCUGCUGCGUUAGAUGUGCCAGAUGAUGACAUAAUUGAAAUAGAUAGCCCUAAAGUAGACGAUGAUCUUGUCGAGAGCGUCGACACAACGCAGGCUGCUCUUUCGGCUGAAGUACGAGUAGAGGCUGCUGAUGGUGUAGUUGAUGCCGGAUCGGGAAUGCCUGGUUACGUGGAGGAUGACGAGGAUGAUGCGAUUGAAUGCAUCACUGCUGAGAAGUCGAAGAAUGCAUCGGCUAGCGCCGCCGUUGUGAUUCCUGUCGAAGAUGAAACUGCAGACGAGGACUUGAAAGUGGUUGCGGAAGUUGAAUAUGCUCCUGGAAGCAGCGGAACGGCAGCGCCAUGUGCUCGUGAGAAGAAGUUCAAAUGUUCAAAAUGCAGCUCUUCAUUCAUUACUUCGUAUGCACUGAGGACUCAUGAGAUGUCUGCGCAUAGUACGGAUGCUGGAGGGAUUUGCGACAAGGUAGGAGUUGGAAUCGAGUUUAACUCAGACCCGAUGCUGAACCGAGUCCUAGGUAUUCGGCUUGUACCGUUGCGAGGAUUCUUUUUCAUUUGCCGUAAUUGCUGUGCUGCUUUCGAAAGUCAACAGCUGUUCAAGGUUCAUCGGUUAUCUCACGGCCCCACGGGUUCGGUAUCGUGUGGAGAAUGUUCGGCGAUUGCUUACAACACACCGCUCUACGAGCAUCACCGUCAAGCGCAUGCUACACCGGAUCGACUGUUUUAUGGAUGUAGCCAUUGCAAUUUGAUGUUCCGAACGGACGCUCGUCUGAUGUACCAUUUGCGUGAAGCCCAUGGUGUGUCGCUGUUCUUCUUCUGUAAAGCAUGUCAUUUGGGUGGCACUCAUGAGCGAACUAUAUAUGCACAUGUAGCAGUAAAAUCGCAGCGAUGUCGUCAAUUUGGCGCACAGAAAAACUGGACCAGCACCAUGAUGCUUGGAGUUUGUCCUACCAGUGUACUUCAUUUCCAGCCGAAAAGUAUAGCAGCACAUGAAUUCAGUUUGGAACGCAGUGGGUUGGAAGUCGUGAGACCAUCGGAAUGUGUACAUCGUUCGUUCCUAGCACCAACCGAUUCGCUAAUAACCUGCAGGGAUUGCUUCUGCACGAUGACAGCCGCGUCGUUCACAGCAGCGGAAACCUUCAGGAACGGAGGAGUUGUAAAGGAGCUGGCAAUGACGCUCGACAACAGCUUAGAAUUUCCAUUCAAAGGUAUUUACGACCAGACACCUGUAGAGGGAACAUCUACAGCGCCAGGACGUGCGCUAAUACCAAGACCACCGGAAAUCCAAACAAUACCAAGCAGUGCAAUGAACAGCAUAAGGAUCGCCUCGGACACACCGUCAAUCUCCCCUCGACUGGCUCAGCGAACAGCCCCAUUACCACCACAUCCCCUACCAGUUGGCGCACGAAUAGCUGCAGUUGCCCCAUUGAUGAGCAAUCAGACUAGUACACUGCCGGUUAAGCGUCGCCCUGGUCCAAGCUCGGAUAUAAUCACCUUGAGUGACGACGAACCUGGUCCAUCAGCUGCAAAACGUGCAGCUCCUUCAUCUCUGCCAGUCGCACCAUCACCAUUGACUCUGAAAAAGCCUACUGAUAGUGCUAAUCGAUGCAAGGUA